GACGGAUCCGACCGUAAGCUCACGCCUCCCUCCGCAUUUCUUCGGCAAAUCUUUCGGUGUUGAGUCAAACUGGUCUUCUGGCUGCUCGCCGCGCGCUGAGAAUAUGACCGGUGGACUCAAGGACAGCAUACCAGAGGAGGAAUACAUGCAAACACCUUUCAUUAGAAAACAAGGCAACAUAUACAAACCAAAUAACAAAGACAUGGACAACGACAGCAUCAAUGAAAAAGCGGCAUUGGAUGUCCAUACUAAGGAGAUAGAUUUGGUAAAUCGGGAUCCUAAACAUGUAAACGACGAAGUUGUAAAGGUAGAGUUUGAAGACGUCAUCGCAGAGCCAGCAGGGACCUACAGCUUUGACGGUGUGUGGAAAGCCAGCUUCACCACAUUUACCGUCACCAAGUAUUGGUGCUACCGACUGUUGACAGCCCUGGUUGGCAUUCCUCUGGCACUGGUGUGGGGCAUCUUCUUUGCCAUCCUGUCUUUCGUGCACAUCUGGGCAGUGGUGCCUUGCGUCAAGAGCUACCUAAUUGAAAUCCAGUGUGUGAGCCGUGUCUAUUCUAUUUGUGUGCAUACGUUCUUUGACCCAUUGUUUGAGUCCAUGGGCAAGUGCUUCAGCAGCAUUCGAGUAUCUACCACCAAGGAAGUGUGAAAACCAUGGCCGGGAUCCGAGAAACAAGUGGAUUAUCCAUGUUGGUCAAACACUAGCUAUGCAAUUGCUCAAUAGCAUUUUAAAAGAGCGCUUUUUUAUUCUUUUAAUUCGUUUGCUUUUAAUUAACUGUCUGAACAUUAAAAAUGUUUUUUUAUUAUUAAGGAGCUACUAUUAAGCAGGCUAAAGCAUCACAUCGUAAGGUAACCACACUGGCCCAUGCCUCUUCCUGCUGAUGUACUGUAUAAAUAUAUACAUGCCUUCUUAGACUGCAGCGGUGACCACACACCUCACAUUCUCACUCUAAACGGACUAUGAUUAAUUAUUGACCAUUAAGACUCUCCCUUAAUCUCAACGUGAAGGAGUAAUGAUGCCAAUAAAACAAGAUAAUGUGAUUCUGAAUGAUGCCAAUAUUUUUCAAUUUUUUGGCCAUGGGGUUGUAUGAUUUUAAUGUUUUUUUUUUAAAGGUGCGUGUGACUAUGCCACAGUAAAUUGACACUCAGCACUGGACUUCAUUACUGAAGUCUAAAUGUGUAAUGUAGAGUAUGACUGAAAGUGACAUUGAGGAUGUUGUGAGGAUGAAGUUGGGUUUAUGUCUCACAGGCAUGCUGUGCUGAUUUUUAUAUCUGUAGUUGACUUCUCUUGUAUAUGUAUCUUAAACUGCUGUCUUCAAGAUAUAUGAUAUACUAUAUCAUAUUAUGACAAAAUGACACAAAUUCCUUAAUGUUUAUUGCACACAUGUUAAGCAAUGCACAUUAAAAUCUUUUGAAGAUCUUG